CUGGGUUAGGUUAGUCACAUUUUUGCAAACUUUGCAAACAUGUCGAAUUCACAUUUGUAUAUGAAAUCGGGCUUUAUUAAAAGUCAUUUAGGUAAUGGAAUUACUCGCUAUGUGUGUCAGUUAAAAAGAGUGACUCUAAAAUUUUGUAAAAAUAAUGGAUCAAGUCGUGGCAUGCGAGAUUUUGUAGAACACGAUUUGCUUGAUUAUGCAAGAAAUAAUUCAGGAACUGUCGUUUACCUGAAACCAAGGAGACAUCGUUCUCCUGUUAUAGUUGCAGAAUAUCUCGAUGGAAGCAGACACUGGGUUGGUUGUAGAAAUUUUCAUCGAGAAGAAGUCAUAAAAUGGAUGGAACUUUUAACAACAGAAACCCACGAUGGUGCGGAAAAAAGAUUACGAAGACUUUGGCAUACAGAUUUUCCUUCGAUUCAAGGACCAUGGACUCCAUUCACAUUCAGAGAUCCUGCUCUUAAUUUGGCAAUAUAUCCUGAUACUGAAUUGGGAGCAGCUAUAAAACUCGAGCAGACAGCAACAGAGAAACUUAUCGAAUUGUUCAAAGCUCAAAAAUUAUCUGAAUCUAAGGAAUCAGAAAGUAGUGUUGAUUCUAAUGUGUAAAUUUUAAUUUAGUCUUUAUACAAAAAUUUCGUAAAUUCGUUAAAUAAAAUACUUGUAAAAUA